UCCAAGCUCCGUUGAGUUCUUGGGCGUCGAAUACAAUACAUCAAUGGAAGGCCAGCAGGUUUUCGAGAAUUUCGAUUCUCUCUGGUUCUUCUCCACCGUAUUCUCCAACAGGACGCCACCGGUCGUUGAAAAGCCCAUUCAAAACGACUUCGUUGAGCCUCUCGGAGAAGAAAUUGCGACACCCAUCACCCGAAAUGAGGAAAAUGAUGUUGGUGAAGAGAAGGAGAUGGAAACAGAGGAGAUGGAAGAGAAGAGGAGAAAGAAUAGAGGAAGGAGGAGUUGGGGUUUGGAACAGAGGAGAAAAUUUGUUGUUGGAGAGAUAGAUCUGAGUUAUGCUGUGAAGGAGAUUUGUGAAUGUUGGUCUUUUGAAGAGAUGAGGAUUGGAGGUGGGAAGAAGACGAAGAAGAUGCCAUCAUUUGAAGAUAGUAUGGCCAUGAAAGAGCAUAUCAGAUCUUGGGCUUAUGCAGUGGCUUGCACUGUUAGAUGAUCACACUAAUUUUAACCAUUGUUUUGUUUUAUGAUGUUUUUUCUAUUCGAAUUUUGUAAUCAGAUCUGUAUUUUGAUGAAUAAGUUUGUACGAAUUUAGUUCUUAACUUUUCUAAAAAUAAUGUAAUCUCCGUUAACCUUCAUUUUCUGAAAUUUAUUCACCUUGUUUUU